UCUUGGAAACAUUCUCCAGAGGAGAUAACCUUCAGCCCUCGACACUUCUGAAUGCUUAACACCUGUUAUAAACAAGGUAUGAAAAUGUUGCUGUUCUUCUUGUUGUGCCUGGUUCUGGGUGCUGUGUCUCCAUCGAAGGAGCAGGAGGUGAAGCUGCAGGAGGUGAAGCUGCAGGAGGUGAAGGAGCAGGAGGUGAAGGAGCAGGAGGUGAAGCUGCAGGAGGUGAAGCUGCAGGAGGUGAAGCUGCAGGAGGUGAAGCUGCAGGAGGUGAAGCUGCUGCGAGGCGGCUGUCCCAUGUUCUGGUACAACUUCAACGACCGCUGCUACAAGUACGUCGCUGCACGGAUGAACUGGGCCAAUGCAGAGCUCCACUGUUUGUCACAAGGAGCCAACCUGGUGUCCAUCCACAGUCAGAAUGAAGAGAACUUUGUCAAAUCGCUGAUCAAAAACUUUGAUCAUUUUGAGGGGGAGACCUGGAUCGGACUCACUGACGCUCAGCAGGAUGGAUCAUGGUUCUGGUCUGAUGGAUCCAAACUCAGCUUCAACAACUGGAACUCAGGAGAGCCAAACGGAUGGUGGAAGGAAGCGUGUGUUCACACCAACCGGGGAACACCUAAAAACUGGAACGAUGUACCCUGUUCAGUAGAAUAUGCUUUUGUUUGUAAAACACGAAUGCUUAACACCUGUUAUAAACAAGGUAUGAAAAUGUUGUUGUUCUUCUUGUUGUGCCUGGUUCUGGGUGCUGUGUCUCCAUCGAAGGAGCAGGAGGUGAAGCUGCAGGAGGUGAAGAAGCAGGAGGUGAAGCUGCAGGAGGUGAAGCUGCAGGAGGUGAAGGAGCACGAGGUGAAGCUGCAGGAGGUGAAGGAGCAGGAGGUGAAGCUGCUGCGAGGCGGCUGUCCCAUGUUCUGGUACAACUUCAACGACCGCUGCUACAAGUACGUCGCUACACGGAUGAACUGGGCCAAUGCAGAGCUCCACUGUUUGUCACAAGGAGCCAACCUGGUGUCCAUCCACAGUCAGAAUGAAGAGAACUUUGUCAAAUCGCUGAUCAAAAACUUUGAUCAUUUUGAGGGGGAGACCUGGAUCGGACUCACUGACGCUCAGCAGGAUGGAUCAUGGUUCUGGUCUGAUGGAUCCAAACUCAGCUUCAGCAACUGGAACUCAGGAGAGCCAAACGGAUGGUGGAAGGAAACAUGUGUUAACACCAACUGGGACACACCUAAAAACUGGAACGAUAUAUCCUGUUCAGGAGAAUAUGCUUUUGUUUGUAAAACAUGUCCACUUUAGUGUUGCAGAAGCUGUGUCCGUAAUCACUCUGUAAGAUGUGUUGAUCAAUUAAAUUUGAUUCAUUUUGGAUAAUGAUCAUUUAAAAUGGUGAAAUCAUCACAAAUAUUGAAAGGUUUAUGAAAAGACAAUCAUCCGAUUACAUUCUUCAGGAUAAAGGAAAUAGAGUUUGAAUUUUCUCAGAAUUUUACUCUUCAUUCCAAUAAAUAAGUCAGACAAGUUAUUUGUGAAAUGUAUAAAGAAAAUAAAAAGGUCUGGAUGAUUUUCCAUCUUUUUUUUCAAUAAAUGAUUUGAAAUGCUUAAGUUGAAUGAUCUUUACGUCCUGACUAAUCUCAGGUUUACAGUGUGAUAUUUAUUCAAUUUUCUUCAUUUUGUAAUAUUAAAAACUUCCACUGGCUUUUUAUCUUACAAUAAAUGGAAAUUAAUAAUACACUUUGUUGUGGAAUUAAUAUAUAUCAAUAUCAAUCAAUAUAUCAAUAUAUACCUCUGCGGAAACUUUUGAACCAUCAGGUGACUAAAAUGUCUGAAGACUGAAAUGAUGACACUUAAGAAAUAAAAACAAGGCAAUGGC